AUGGAUAUUAAUCUAAUGAAUAAUACAAAAACAUCAAAUUUAUAUAUUAGUCCAACAUUAAUUUGGUGUUUAUUAAUGCCAUUAAUACAUUUAUUAAGUUUAAUAUCAAAUAUAUUUUGUAUUAUUAUAUUUUGUUCAAAAACAUUUAUACAUAAACCUAUAGCAAUUUAUUUUAUUUGUUUAUUAAUAAGUGAUUCAACAACAUUAUUAAUUGGUUAUAGUGAAAUGGUUGAACGUGAAUUAUUUAUGCGUGAUAAAUCAUCUUUAUUAUGUAUAUUUAAUGAUAAAAUAAUUCAUAAUUUAACAGAUUUUGUUUAUACAUUUAUGGGAAAAUUUUGUCUUGAAUGGAUACUUUAUAAAAUAUUAUGGACACGUGCAUCAACAAUAUUACUUGCUAUAUUAAGUAUACAACGUUCACGUACAUUUUUUUCAUUAUCAUAUCAUGAAACACGUUUUUGUGCUAUAUUUGCAUGUAUAAGUAGUCUUAUUAUUGCUAUAUUAAUAACUUGUUUUGAAUGGAUUGGUAUACAAUGUUCAAAACCAAAUGAUUCAAAUAUUUAUAUUGAAAUAUUUCAAUUAAUUAAAGAUGAUAAACCAUCAAAAAAAUUUUAUUCAAAAUAUUUACAUAAUAAUUAUGAUGAAUUAAUUGAUAAAUAUUAUUGUAUUUUUCAAUCAUUAAGUAUUAAUCGAUCUAAUAUUACAAUAUCAAAAACAGAUCAGUUCAAUUGUUCAAAUACAACAAUUUCAUCUGAAUUUUAUAAUUUAACUCAAUCAUUACUUUCUAAUCGUAAUUCACAUAUAUCUGAUAUUGUAACAAAUAUAUUAACAGAUGUUUAUAUUAAUAAUAUUAAUUUAACAAAUACAUCUAUUUUAUUUGAACAAUUAUCUAAAACACAAUCAUCAGAUAUAUUAUUAAAAUUAUUUGAAAAACGUUCAUGUCAAAUAACAUUAAUAUAUACAAUUUAUUUUAAAAUAUAUGAUUUUCUUCAUUCAUUAUCAUUUUCAUUUAAUCGACAUACAGUAGCAAUAUUUUUUGGUCAUGCAUUACCAUCAUUUAUUGUCUUUUUAGCAAAUAUAUUAUCAUUAAAAAUUAUUUAUUUUUCAACUAAUUUAAAAUAUUUAAAACGUACAACAAGUAAUAAUCAUCAUAAAAAUCGUUUAAAAAAUGAUUUACGUGCAUUUCUUGUUAUAUUAAUUGAAAGUUUUUCUGUUAUAACAAUAUCAUGGGGUAUACCAAUAUUUUUAACAAUGUAUCAUUGUCAUACAUUAUAUGUUGUUUCAAUAUCAUCAUGUCCACAAAUAAAACAAUCAUUAGCAUUAUUUCUUUAUACUGAUUUAUUUAAUUCAUCAACAAAUUCAUUAUUAUAUUCAUUAUCAGGAAAAUUAUUUCGACGUAAAUAUAUUUCAAUAUUAAAAAUAAUAUUUACAUGUGGUCGUAGUAAAUCAUGGCAUAUUAAACAAAAUUCAUUACUUUCACCAUCACAACAAAUGGAAUUACAAAUAUCAAAUGAUGCAUCAAUAAAUUAUAAUUAUAGUAUUUAUUCAAGACCUGAAAAUUAUCGACAUUCUGAACCUACAUCAUCAAUACAAAUAAAAAAAUUUAAACAAACAUUAUCAAAAAAACAAAAAAAUGUCUUAGAUAAUGAUGAUUCAUUAAAUAUAUCUAAAAAUGAAGGUGAACAAAAUAUGAAUGAUCAAAAUGAAUUAGAAUUAUUUAAUAAAUAUAAAAAACCACAAACAAUUAAAACAUUUUUUAUUAAUAAAAUACAUUUUUUUGGUUCAAAAAAAAAUAUUCAAAUAAGAAAACAACAAACUAAAUUAAAUACAAUUGAACAAACGAAGAAAAGAAGAAAAACUAAUAUAUCAUUUUUAUAA